UGUAACCCUUCUAUGUAACAGCGUUUCACUUUUUCUCUUGUGUGAUUAUAAAUUUUCUUCAUUCUCUUCUUUUUCUGUCUCUCUAGUCUUCUUGUGUUUUCAACAUGACUGGGGUUCCUGAAGGUGAAGGAGGCUCUGUUACCCUUGACAUGCUGAAGCAGAUAAUGGCUCAGUUUGCUAAGGAAAGAGACUGGGAACGCUUUCACAGCCCAAGGAACCUUCUUUUGGCUCUGGUGGGUGAAGUGGGAGAAUUGUCCGAGAUAUUUCAGUGGAAAGGAGAGGUUCCAAAGGGUCUUCCAGAUUGGAAAGAGGAAGAAAAAGUUCAUCUUGGGGAAGAGCUCUCUGAUGUGUUGCUUUACCUUGUGAGGCUUUCUGACAUGUGUGGUGUUGAUUUGGGCAAAGCUGCUUUGAGAAAAGUUGAACUCAAUGCCAUAAAAUACCCAGCUGCUAAAGUUUGCAAAGAGAUGAAGGAGGAUAGUGAAAUCCCUGCUGCCCCUAUCAAUAAUGGCUCUGGCAUUGAAGGUGAUUGAUUGGUGGUGAUGUGUGGUGGUGAAAGUCUUUGCCUGUUUUAGGGGGUGGAGUGGGAAAGUGACUUUGGACAAGUUUGUGUAAUAGGUUCUGCCUUUGCAUGGGAACUUGUUGUAUACGAUUUCCGUGUGUGUUUUGGUGGUACCUUUAUUCCUCACAGAUUUUGUUACUGUUAUGGCAGAACCAAAUCCUCCUCACAAAUAUUUUGAUGCGCACUGAAAUCUCUUAUUACUUUCA